CAGCGGGUCAGCUGUGGAGGGCGUAGGAGCGUUCUCCUUGCGGACUAACCGGCUCUGGCGCCCCGGCCAGCGGGACUUGGGGUGAGGCGUGCUCGCUGGUGAAUUCCGCUCCAGCUCUUCAGGUGUGGCCGUGAGGCGAUUCUUAGGAAUGUAAUUUCCAAAUCUUAUGGUUGCUCUGCUGUGCUCCAUCACCUCCUAAAGAUGCAUCCUGACUUAUCUCCACACUUGCACACUGAAGAAUGCAACGUCUUGAUUAACUUACUUAAGGAAUGUCACAAAAAUCACAGCAUUCUGAAAUUUUUUGGUCAUUGCAAUGAUCUUGAUCGGGAGAUGAGAAAAUGCUUGAAGAAGGAGACAGUCCUCGGGUUACAUUGGACUCGACGUACAUCUUUUCAUGGUUACGUCGCCAUCUCCCAUUUAUUUAUCAAAAAAAAGUUUCAUCAUUUCGACUACAUGGAAAAGAGGACCAAGAGCAGGGAGCUUGGCAAUGCGAUGCGAAAGAGACUUUCAAAUCCUCCAGAGGAAUCUGAAACAUAAAUUAUAUUAUCACUGGAUGCCUUGGCUGAGAGAAGACCUGAAGACUCUUGGUUGAUAAAACCAAAAGAAUUCUAUCUCAUUUGGUCUCCAGAAUCUUUUGAAUAGCAAGUGACCCAUGAGAAAUCGAGGCAUGGAGAAAUACAGAAACCCUGGAUUCAGAAUAUUUUUUGGGCAGAGCCUUUAGUACUCUGAUUCCUUUACCAACACACCUGACUUUUAAUAUGUUUCUUUCCUUUGCCUGCAGCCAUUUAACACUUGAGUAAUUUAUCACCCUCAAUAAAAUAAUUGAUUUUUAGCAUA